AUGGCUUCUACCGGUCGAUCUCCUGCCACCAAGGAAGAAAUGGAUCCAUUUUUCACUUCGAAUCUGUCGCUCCGGCACAAUGUUCCCGCUCAAUCCAACCAGCCCAUCGAGAAAGGCCCCUUUCACUAUUACGCCAUGGAAAUGAAGAGCCUGGUCCAGAAGAUUCAAGAUCUCCGCCACCUAGGCAUCGAAGACAGCAAGAUCGUUCUUCCCAAAAUCUGUGUUGUCGGGGAUCAGAGCACUGGAAAAAGCUCCCUCAUCGAGGGUAUCUCUGAGAUCAAAGUCCCCCGUGAUACGGGUACUUGUACUCGUUGUCCCAUGGAGAUCAACCUGUCUGACAGCCAUGGGCCUUGGCAGUGCGUCAUGCACAUUGCACACCGUUACACAUACAUGCCAAACAACCGGGGAACACAGCUUCCCAGCAAGGCAAAGCCACUGGGGCCUUGGGUUGCCUCAGGUGGCAAUGAGGAUGAGCACUUUACUACUCUGUUCGAGAAAAAUGAUGUCAAAAAUGCCAUUUGGUGGGCACAGCUUGCGGUACUGAACCCACAGAUGGACACAAAGGAGUUUGUCCCAGGUAAUAAUCAAAAUACACAGAAGACGGCCCUGGUGAAGUUUUCCCCCAAUGCUGUACGGUUGGAUAUUUCGGGGGCCGGCCUGCCCAACCUCUCCUUUUAUGAUCUCCCUGGCGUUAUAAGUCAGACCGAACAAGAUGGAGAGAAGUAUCUUGUUCGCCUGGUUGAGAAUCUGGUCAAGAACUACGUCUCGCAAAAACAUUGCAUCGUGAUCUUAACCCUCACCAUGACCGAUGAUGCAACGAAUUCCAGCGCCGCCCGGAUCAUUCGUGACAUUGAAGGUGCCAAGGAGAGGACGCUGGGCGUUUUGACUAAGCCCGAUCGCGUGUCGAAUGCUGAGUCUUUUGACCAGUGGCUUGAGAUUCUGGACCGGAAGAAGUUCACACUUGGUCAUGGGUACUUCGUCAUCAAAAACAACCCCAAUCCUCUGGUCAGCCACGCGCAAGCGAGAAUGGAGGAGGACAUAUUCUUCACCCAACCACCAUGGAACGUAGAGCUCGCGGCGUAUGGCAACUCUUUCGGAACUGCCAAGCUCCAAAACUCUCUGUCAGAAUUGCUUCGAAAGCAAAUUCUGGGAUGCCUGCCCUCGAUAAUUGGGCAGAUUGACGAGAAAGUGGACGCCAUCGACAAUGAACUUAGUACUUUGCCUAAUCCCCCGACUGAAGAUGUCCAGAGGAUUCUUUGGGGAAAGACUUCAGACCUUGAGCGCAAAAUCCAGGAAAUAUUCGAUGGGAACUCAAGCGUGACCCCGGCAGCAAAGAAACCUCUUCAAGAAGAAUGGAAUAGAGUCGUCAUCGACUUUCAGUUGGCCUUGUCGAAGACGCGCCCAGUCCUCGACAUGACCACAUCUACGGACGAACAGGACCUCGCAGAAGAUUCCGACUGCGAGAUCUUGAUGAACCGCGAAGGAACUGCCCAUCGCUUCACGUUGAGCGCAUUGGCAGAGAUCAAAGUUCGCUCCAACACGGUGGGAGUGCCAAAUCAGCUUGAUCCCCGCGCGAUCGAGAACCUCAACAAGAAAAGCGUAGAGCACUGGGGCAAGCUGACAGCUACCUUUGUCAAAGCCCUUCAUCGUCUGGUGCUGGAUAUCCUUUUAAGCGCUUUGCACGAGGAGUUCAAUCAGUACCACCAAACGGGACUGUAUCAAGAGCUUGACAGAAUUAUGAAGGAAUACCUGGUUACCAUUCAAGAUUCCCACCUCAAUUACGCACAGGAGUAUUGGCGAAGUGAACAUGAGCAGCCCUUUACAAUGGCACAGAUACAGCAUCAGACUCUCAUGAAACAGGCGUUGGAGACACUGAAAGCUCGACGAUUCAGCGCGCGUGCUACUGUCUGGUUGAAAGUCCGGGGCUAUGACAUGACGGACGAGAAGCUGAUCUCAGACAGAAAGAAGAGAAUGUCUCAGGAAGAACUUGGUGCGGAUCGUUAUGCUCAAGAAAUUGAGAUGAUGGCCAGCUCGCUGGCAUACUAUGAGAUCGCCCGUUCGCGUUUCCUGGAUGUGCUGUGCCAGUCUACCCAUACCAAGUUGAUUCGGAAGUGUCGUGCGGAGUUGGUCAACAAUAUUCGUGACGAGCUCCAGAUUUUCGGGGACAACGGACGCGAGCGUUGCCUGGUGCUGAUGGCCGAAGACACCGAGCGUCAGAACCGUCGGGUUUGGUUGUACAAAGAGCGGGAGAAAUUCGCGAAAGCCCAAGAAUGGAUUUCGACCCUCAGAAAUGAGGAUCUUGAGAUGGCGGACUCGGAGACCGCAGAAGCCGGCGGCAAUGUUGCAUGGACGUCAUGCGCACGCGCUGAGGCAGAAUUCUAA